CCAAAAAGCAAUUUUAACAAUGAGCAGAAGCAAACCCUAUCUUCCAGUUAAUUCUUGCUCAGCCAUUCUCCUCUCCAUGUGGAGCUGGCAACAAUGGAUMCAUAAAGGUAUUACCCAAGAGGAAAAUCUUUCCUAGGCUUGYAACUUCCAUUAAAUACUCUUUUAAUCUGGAACGUUUUUCAUUUCUUUGGAAUGAGCUGAAAACAAUUCUUCUGCAAUAGGAGAUUACUUUUUUCUCCCUUGCUCUUUCAUAUCUUAUCUUUUCUUUAUUCCCAAUGAUUGCAGAACAAUAACAACGAUUCUCAAAAGUAAGCAGAGGAGUUUUUACAGAGCUGUUCUUUAAACCUCAUCUUUAUUCCAGGGCAGACAUGAAAUUUAUGGAACAUUUAUUGAACAUUUAUGGAACAUUUAUGGCAGCUGGCCCAAAGCCUUCCCUUUUAAAUGCCCAUUUCCCUGAUUUCUAUGGGGGAUGAAUAGGAAAACGCACUCAGAAUAUGGGAAUUGAUGGAAUCACGGGAUKGUUUGGGUUGGAAUUGAUGGAAUCAGRAUGGUUUGAGUUGGAAGGGAGCUUAAUCCUCCAGGGUGCUCCAAGCUGGCCUUGGACAGUUCCAGGGAUGGGGCAGCCCCAGAUUUUCUGGGAAGUGGGAAAGUGCAGCUGACACAGCUCCAAGAACAGAGCAGAACUCCGCACUUUUCUUUGCUCUGGGGAGCUGGGGGCACUGAUGCCUCAGAAAUUCAAUUUGUCUAGCGGUUCCAUGAGAUAUGCCAGCUGUAAUCCCGACCUCCCUGUCAUUGCAGGUGUUCCCCAAGCCCCCUGGAGCUGAAGAUGGACGUGAAGAGGGUCAAGGACUACAUCUACUGGCUGUACUACCAGUACCUGCUGGUGACGUGCAGCUACGUGCUGGAGCCCUGGGAGCAGUCCAUGUUCCACACCAUCACYGUCACCGUGGUGGCCAUGGUGGUGUACACAGCCUACGUCUUCGUGCCC